AAAAAGAAUUUAUAGAGCAGCUUGAGCUCCUGAAAAACUUUAAGAAAAAGGAAAAAAACAGAAGACAUUAGAUAAAAUGUGUUUGUUUAUGAAGCUGAGAAGAUGCUUCAAUGGCGAUGAGUAUACGCAUUGAGUAUAUGUCAACGGGUUGACGAGUAUAGGCACUGGGUGGUGAGGGGAAUCAGUGCAGAGAAGCCAUGGCGAGGGUGAGGAGUAAUGGACUAAGCGAUGAGGCUUUGCAAUGCGUGAUGGCGCACUUGGAUGAGCCUCUGGAUCGGCGGGCUGUUUCGCUGGUGUGCAAGAAAUGGUAUGAGGUGGACGCCCUUACUCGCAAGCAUGUGACCGUGGCCUUCUGCUACUCCAUCAGCGCUGCAGAUCUCACCCGCAGGUUUAAAUGCCUUGAGUCGCUCACUGUUAAGGGGAAACCCAGAGCCGCCAUGUACAAUUUGUUGCCCCCUGACUGGGGGGGCUACGCUAAGCCUUGGAUUGAGCAUAUUUCCUUCACCUGCAUCUGCUUGAAGGCGCUCCAUCUUAGGCGAAUGAUUCUCACUGAUCACGAUUUGGGGACAUUUGUUAGGGGCCGUGGUCAUAUGCUGCAGUCGCUUAAGCUUGAGAAGUGCUCCGGCUUUAGCACCAGGGGGCUACAGGAUGUCGCCCGCGGUUGCCGGUCUCUUAAGGUUUUUAUGUUGGAGGAGAGUACCAUUGAAGAGGAAAGUGGGGAGUGGCUACAUGAACUUGCUCUUAAUAAUUCUUCUUUGGAAGUUUUGAACUUCUAUAUGACAGGACUGGAAAAGAUCAAUAUUAGUGACCUUGAGCUAAUAGUAACAAAUUGUCCAUCUUUAAACUCAUUGAAGGUCAGUGAAUGUGAUUUGCUGGAUUUAAAAAAUGUUCUAAAGAAAGCCACUGCAUUAGAAGAGUUUGGCGGUGGUUGUUUCGGCAAUGGUCAAGAACAUGACGUGUUUCAAUCAAUAGUCUUUCCUCCAAAGUUGACCUCAUUGCUGGGAUUGAACUUUAUGGCUGAGGCUGAGUUGCCCGCUAUACUUCCAAGAGCUUCUGCCCUGAAGAAAUUGGAUUUGCAGUAUACAUUUUUGAGCACAGAAAAUCAUUGCCAGUUGGUUGGCCUCUGCCCUAAUCUUGAAGUUCUCGAGGCCAGAAAUGUGAUUGGGGACAAGGGGUUAGAAGCUGUUGCUAACAAUUGCAAGAAACUAAAACGGCUUAGAGUGGAGCGAGGUGCAGAUGAGCCAACUUUGGAGGAUGAGCAAGGCUGGAUUUCUCACAAAGGGAUUUCCUCUGUAGCUCAAGGCUGCCCCCUUCUUGAAUAUAUUGCUGUCUAUGUUUCAGAUAUGUGCAACUCAACACUGGAGACUGUUGGUAAAUGUUGCAAAAAUCUUAAAGAUUUCCGGUUAGUCUUGUUGGAUAAGGAAGAGCAAAUCACUGAUUUGCCUCUUGAUAACGGGGUUAAGGCUUUGCUUCAGGGCUGUGAAAAGCUGAAUAGGUUUGCAUUCUAUGUGAGGCCAGGAGGGUUGACAGACGUAGGUCUCAGCUACAUUGGUAAAUACAGUACCAAUAUAAGGUGGAUGCUAUUGGGUUUUGCCGGUGAAACUGAUCUGGGACUUCAUGAAUUUUCCAGGGGAUGCCCAAAGCUGGAAAGACUCGAAAUUAGAGGUUGUUUCUUUAGCGAGGCUGCAUUGGCGUCUGCAGUGCUAAGCCUAAAAUCACUCAAGUAUAUAUGGGUUCAAGGGUAUAACGCAACAGUUACUGGUGCUAAUCUUCUAGCUAUGGCUCGACCUUAUUGGAAUAUAGAGUUCUCACCUGGCCUGCAGUUGUCAAGGGAUUUGUUUUCUGAAGACAUGGAAGGAGAAGAAUCACAGGGGCAGGCAGCUCAAAUUUUGGCUUACUACUCUCUUGCGGGGAGGAGGACAGAUCAUCCUCAGUCUGUGAUUCCUUUAGCCCCGUCUGUUUUUAAUUGGCAUCAAGUAGCUGUGUUUUAAUGUAUAAGCAGUUAGAUUAAGUAAUUAUGUGUUCUAAUUCUGGCUUGGAGUUAGUACAUCUAGAAUCUGGAAUCUAGAAUUCUGAAGGCACUACUUCCUUGCUGUUUCCUUCAGACCUGUUUCACAGCAGUAAGGUGGAAGAAACAUAUGAGUACCUACCUAUUUUCCCUGAUUAUGCUUUGUAUUAGAAGAUUGUAUAUGGUCAUUUUACCUCAUGAUGUAUCUGUCCUAUGAUUUAAACUUUCUUUAUCUAAGAACUCUGCUGCGAAGUUCUAUAAGAUACUGUAUAAAGUUUCAUGCAGGCCAUCUCCCCAUCCUACAACAAAAAAUGACUGGUUUUCUGCUCACAAAAGCAUUGCCAACGGAGGGAGGUGUGGCAAGUUUCAAAUCCAUCAAUGUUUGAGAGCUUUACAGUUGGACAAAAUUCAGCAUGUCUGUUGGAAGCCAAAAAGGUUUGGUUGGACGCAGUUCUGAAUAUUCAAUUGCAAAGACAGUUUCUUUCAUAGCAAGAAUUUGAAGUGGGGUAUUUCAAACUGUCGAGUCAGUGACUUUUCCACACUGGCUGAGACCGAAGAAUUCAGAUUGCUUUGACUGAAAAUAGACACUGUUACUGUAAGAGGGCUAGUAGCAGAAGAAUAAGUCGAGGAGGCCUAAAAGAGACAAUUGCAGUAUACGAGUGUUCUUCAAGAAGUCUAUGUUCGACUAGCUAUUCACCUCUCUCAUAACUAGAUAGCUAAAAAGGGGUCUAGAUUGGAGAUCUGCAUGGGUUUAGAUUGGCAGGUAAGGAUUUGAGAUCGGGCUUGGUAUGCUUUGAUAACCCAACAACUGAACUUGUGUAAAUAAUGUAAUCUAUAUUUUCUUGAGAUGAGUGAUAUAUGUACAAAUGCUACUUGGCACCGGUGUAAGGAGCUUCACGUUUGAGCUUAUGGACAACAAUUGUAGCCAUUGCAUGUUCGAGAAGACACUGCUGGCUAGAGAUGUCUCUCUUCUGGUUUGUUUUAUGUUUUUCUUUACAAAUAGAGUUAGUAUUGCUUGUGACAUAGGCUCACUAUUGUUUUAUGGUAGCCUCCAAGCUUAUUUCGUUACCUACUCUGUCAUUCCUUCAUCUUUAAUGGUGGAAAAUGCUUGAAAAUCAUUUAAUUUUCA